CUAUACGUGUACUUACUUAAAUCUUCUUCAAUUUCAUUGUUUACACAUCCGCCAUUCAUACAAUUUCAUUGAUUACAAGUCGCCAUUGUUAGGGUUUUUGGAAGAAACUUCAUUUAUAGAUUUUAAUGGAUGGAGGAAAAACUCCAAUCAGGGUUACUCGAGGGUGUUGCAACCAUGUCAUCUGGUGAGAUGCCAGAUAUUGGAGUGACCUAUGGCAAUGAGAGCGGGGAUACACUAAAGGCUUCAACUGAAGAGAUUCAGGAUGGAGGUGAUAUCUCCGCAGAACAUAGGCAAUCAGAGAAGGUCGGAGUUCAGCACCCUGCUGAUACAACUAUCAAUGUGCCCGAUGUUGUAUAUGGGGCUACAACUGGCAUACAAAAGGAUGAAUAUGUCAACUCCAUAGAGGGAAUGGUAGCAAAGGUUCUAUCAGAGAUACCUCUCGCAGUAGUGUUUCCACAAGAUGUUGUUGAAAAAGAAGUGGGGGACCGCGUCGGUUAUUCAAAUAUAAAGACGCCACCCAAACCCAACGAGAAUGUGCAACCUUUAUCUGAGUUUUUAUUGCCUGACGAGAUGCUACCAAGCCAAAUUGGUGAAACAAGAAUCAUCGUGCAUCCAUCUGUUGCUCGAGCUAGGAAACCUAGUAAACACCAAAUAUCUCCCUUCAUGACCAAUUACUGCCCAACAGGUACUUCUAGUGUAUCACCUGGGCCGUGUAUGUUUAAAAAGAAGCAUCCCUUUGUAGAAGAUCCCAUCAAUAUGCCGCGUGAUACAUUCCAUUAUGUUUUUUAUGCUAGUAUCUACUUGCAAUAGAUUCGCAAUUGUUGCAACCAAAUCAUCAUAUGAGCAAUAAUCUUUGAACACAAUUGCAUCUAGUUUGAAAUUCACAAAACAAUUCUAGUCGUUCCAAAUCCUGAGUGUCGGAUCAAAGCUGUUAUGCUAGCCAUUUUUCGUUUCGAAAUACAGAAAAAAGAUUUGAUAACACCCGCAGUCGAUUUUUCAAAUAGAGUAUUUAUAUUCGAAAACUAAUACCAAAUAAAUCACUCCAAAAUUCAAACAUACCUAAUCGAAAAUCGAAAUUCACAGCUGAUAUUCACUAAUACGCUCUAUAUAAACUCGUUCUGGAAUUAUCGAGUGAAUUUGUAUCAGCUUUUGAAAGUUCGAAUCCGAUAAUUGACAUAAUUCACAGCUGAUAUUCACUAUCCUCUGUUUUCACUUUUUUGUUUUUUGAAUCUUGAAUUCAAAAAUGUUCGAAUGGAAUAAUAAGGAGAGAGAGAGUCAUGCUCAAUUAUGG